AUGGCGCAGUUCGGCCGGUUCAGCGUGCCGCCGCUGCGGGCCGCCGUGAGCGUGGCCUGGGAGACGGUGAAGGCCCACCUGCCCGACGAGAGCCCCUGCAUGGGGCUGCUGCGAGGCGGCGGCGGCGGCGGCGGGCCGGCGCCCGGGGGCGGCGAGCGGGUGCGCUUCGCGCAGUUCGGCGGCGGCAAGCCCGGCGAGAGCACCGAGCUGCACACGCUGCCCGGCGGCGGCGGCGGCGGCGGCGGCGGCGGCCUGGAGGCGGGAGUCGCCGAGGACGGGUUCGUGGAGCGCGCGGACAGCUACCAGCGGUCGCGCGGCGGCGGCAGUCUGGACAGCGUGGACUUCGCGUCCCAGGGCAGCGGCGGCGAGGGCGAGGCCCGCGGCAGACACAAGAUCAGCGAGUGGCAGGCGGCCUGGAACGUCACCAACGCCAUACAGGGCAUGUUCAUCGUAUCGCUGCCCUUCGCAGUUCUCCGGGGAGGCUACUGGGCCAUCGUCGCCAUGGUGGGGAUAGCGUACAUCUGCUGCUACACGGGCAAGAUCCUGGUGGACUGCCUGUACGAAGAGGACGCCGUCUCGGGCCAGAAGAUCCGCGUGCGAGACUCGUACGUGGCCAUCGCGCGCGAGUGCUUCGGCGCCAAGUGGGGGGCUCGCGCCGUCAACGUGGCGCAGAUCAUCGAGCUGCUGAUGACCUGCAUCCUGUACGUGGUGGUGUGCGGCGACCUGAUGAUAGGGACCUUCCCCGAGGGCAGCAUCGACGCGCGCAGCUGGAUGAUGCUGGUGGGCAUCUUCCUGGUGCCGCUCGGCUUCCUCAGGUCGCUGCACCACGUGUCGGUCCUCAGCUUCUGGUGCACCAUGUCUCACCUGGUCAUCAACGCCGUCAUCUUCGGCUACUGUCUGCUGGAGAUCGGGGAGUGGGGCUGGUCCAAGGUCAAGUGGAGCAUCGACAUGGAGAACUUCCCCAUAUCGCUAGGAGUCAUCGUGUUCAGCUACACCUCCCAGAUAUUCCUCCCCACUCUGGAAGGCAACUUGGAGGACCGCUCGACCUUCAACAGGAUGUUGAACUGGAGCCACAUAGCGGCAGCGUUGUUCAAGUCUCUGUUCGGCUACGUGUGCUUUCUGACGUUCCAGAACGACACUCAACAGGUGAUCACCAACAAUCUCCACUCCACUGGAUUCAAAGGACUUGUCAACUUCUUCCUGGUGAUGAAGGCGAUGCUAUCCUAUCCGCUGCCAUACUACGCUGCCUGCGAACUGCUCGAGAAAGCAUUCUUCAAGGGUCGGCCAGAAACGUUAUUCCCAAGUAUCUGGGCUCUGGAUGGUGAGUUGAAAGUAUGGGGAUUGGCUUUCAAAGUGGGCGUGGUUGUCUUCACCAUCCUCCUCGCCAUAUCCAUUCCGCACUUCGCAAUCCUCAUGGGCUUCAUCGGCAGCUUCACUGGCACCAUGCUGUCCUUCAUAUGGCCCUGCUACUUCCACCUGAAACUGAAGAGACCAACCCUAGACUGGGGCACUGUUGCAUACGACUACUUCGUCAUCUUCCUUGGCUGUCUGUUUGGUAUCAUCGGCGUCUACGACUCCGGGACGGCUCUCAUCAAGGCUUUCCAGAUAGGGCUUCCAUUCUAA